AUGAAGGCCCCUACUCUCAUCAGCUUCCUCGCUGGCGCAUUGCCCUUGCUGGCUGCACCAACAGAGCCAGUCCGCCGCCAGAAUGAGGUGAUCCCGGGCAAAUUCAUCGUCCGGCUGAAGCCAGGCUCGUCUCCCGAGUCGGUGUCCGCCCAUCAGCUGCGCGUGCGCGGCCUACUGGCCCGGCGUGACGAGAGCAUCAAGGAGACGUACCAGAUUGGCGACUUCAACGCGUACUCUGGGGACUUCGACGCUGAGACAGCCAGCACCAUCGCAAGCCUUCCUGAGGUUCUGAGCGUCGUGCCCGACGAGUACAUCUACGUCGAGAAGACCGACGUUGACACCAGCAGCAAGCGUGCCCUUACCACACAAACAGAUGCGAUCUGGGCGCUUGGCGACCUCUCGCAUAAGCUCAAUGGGUCCACUGAAUAUGUCUAUGAUGAACGUGCGGGCGAGGGACAGACGGCUUACGUCCUGGAUACGGGCAUUCGUCUGACGCAUACUGAGUUUGAGGGCACACGCGCCCUCUGGGGAUUCAACGCCGUGACGGGUUCUGCGGAACAGACGGGCACUAACUCGGACGAUGAUUCUCACGGCACUCACGUUGCUGGGUCCAUUGUGGGCAAGGUCAACGGCGUGGCCAAGAAAGCGACCGUGGUCGAUGUGAAGGUCUUCAGGAACGGCGGUGGAUCAACCUCCCAGGUAUUGGCAGGUAUGGACUGGGCUCUCAAAGACAUAACUGCGAAGGGAGCAAAGGCCACUUCGGUCAUCAACAUGUCCCUUUCUGGCUGGGGGACCGAUACGACUUUAGAUGAUGCCGCUCUUGCUCUCUACAACGAAGGUAUCACUGUUCUCGCAGCUGCAGGAAACAACGAUGGCCCUGCUUCCGAGCACGCACCGGCGCGUGUUCCAGAGAUCAUCACAGUCGGCAUGAGUGAUUCGGCCCGGAGGCGAGUGCUAGUCAUUGAAGGCGCCUUCGGCAGCAAUUACGGCCCUGAGCUGGACGUCUUCGCCCCAGGGAUGGAUAUUUUGUCCGCGGAUUUCCGAUCGGACACCGGCUUCGUGUCGAAAACGGGCACCAGCAUGGCGACCCCAAUCACUGCGGGGCUUGUCUGCUACUUGCGGUCCAUUGAGACCGGACUCGGGACACCUGAUUCAAUCAAGGCCAGGCUGAUUGAGCUUGCGCUUGAUGGCGUGCUGACGGACCCGAAAGGGUCGCCUAACAGGCUUAUUAACAACGGAAACGGUCUGUAG